CCCAGACCCUCCGUCGGCGUCUCUACGGUUCCCGACGCUUCCUGAGACCUCAGCGGCGGGCUCCGCCUGAGGCUCGCGCGUGGCGUGCUCUCUCGACCUCUCCAGAAAAUGCCUUUGCCCCUUCUUCUACCUCCUCCACCCCCUCCUUCUCCGCACUGCUUGCUCAGUUGCUCCUACCCCUGUCUUCCGCACACACUGCCUGCGAGCGAGCAUCAGCGAGAACCUCCAACGAAGGGAGUCCCCAGCGCGCAUCCGUCGCCCGUUCAGGAUGGCUGAACAGUUCUACACUGUGGCAUCUGAUAGUGAAACCACUGGCGAAGAGAAAGCACAGCAAACAUUCCCUGAUGUUGCUAUUGGCAUUGAUAUUGGUACUUCAAAAUGCAGCGUUGCUGUUUGGAAUGGUCAUCAAGUGGAGCUGCUGAAAAACACUCGUAGCCAGAAAGGGAUGAGGUCAUAUGUCAUGUUCAAAGAUGACACCCUUUCAGCUGGUGUUACUGGAGGAGCAACCAAGGAGCACGCACAUGAGGAAAGAGAUGUUUUGUCAGGAAGUGCAAUAUUUAACAUGAAACGUUUGAUUGGCAGAAUGGACACGGAUGAAGUUGUUCAAGCUAGCAAGACCCUCCCUUUUCUUGUGCAGACAUUGGGUAUCGGUGUGAGACCAUUCAUUGCAGCACUGGUGAACAAUAUGUGGCGGUCCACAACUCCUGAGGAGGUUCUUGCCAUAUUUCUACUUGAAUUAAAGGCCUUGGUUGAGAUGCAUUAUAAGCAUCCAGUAAGGAAUACUAUUCUAACCAUCCCAGUUGCAUUCAGUCGGUUCCAACAGACAAGGAUUGAGAGAGCAUGUGCAAUGGCUGGACUGCAUGUGUUGAGGCUCAUGCCAGAGCCUACUGCCGUUGCACUUCUGUAUGCUCAGCAGCAACAGCAGCUUCUGCAUGACAAUAUGGGAAGUGGCAUUGAGAAAAUUGCUCUGAUAUUUAACAUGGGUGCUGGUUAUUGUGAUGUCGCGGUGUCUGCCACUGCUGGAGGUGUUUCUCAAAUAAGAGCACUCUCAGGUUGCACUGUCGGUGGAGAGGACAUACUUCAGAAUGUUAUGCGGCACCUCCAUCCCAAUUUUGAUAGUUUAUUUGCUGGUCACACAAUGGAUAGAAUCAAGUCAAUGGGUUUGCUGCGGAUCGCCACUCAGGAUGCGGUUCACAAACUGACCACCCAGGAAAGUAUCGAGAUCAACGUAGAUUUGGGAGGCGGCCAGAAAGUGUCAAAGGUUUUGGGUCGUGCAGAAUUUGAACAAGUGAACAAGAUGAUCUUUGAGGAAUGUGAGAGGGUCAUCAAGCAAUGCUUGCACGAUGCAAAGUUAGCCCCAGAAGACAUCAAUGAUGUGAUCUUGGUUGGAGGAUGUUCCAGGAUUCCUAAAAUCAGAAGCCUCGUCCUGGGAUUAUGCAAGAAAGCAGAUUCUUAUGCGAGUAUAGAUGUUCUAGAAGCUGCCGUGUCAGGUGCUGCACUGGAAGGAGCCAUUGCUUCAGGAGUCACUGAUCCUUCGGGGAGCUUGGAUCUGCUAACUAUCCAGGCAACACCGAUGAACCUUGGAAUCCGUGCUGACGGUGAUACCUUUGCUGCAAUAAUUCCAAGGAACACUGCAGUUCCUGCAAGAAGGGACAUGCUAUUCACAACAACACAUGAUAAUCAGACAGAGGCGCUUGUUGCCGUCUACGAAGGUGAAGGCAAGCAGGCGGAAGAGAACCAUCUGCUCGGGUAUUUCAAGAUCACCGGCAUUCCAGCAGCACCGAAGGGCGCCGUUGAAAUCAAUGUAUGCAUGGACAUCGAUGCUGCCAAUGUCCUCAGGGUGUUUGCAGGCGUUGUCAAGCCUCAAGGCCCGGCCACUCCGCCGUUUAUUGAGGUGAGGAUGCCCACACUAGACGAUGGCCAUGGCUGGUGCGGGCAGGCCCUCGCUAAGAUGUAUGGCGGUAAUCUCGACCUAGCUGUUCUCCCUAAGAAGCUGCAGCCGUGAGGAGACUUGCUUAUCUUCGCCCAGUAUAGCGGUGUUUCCCGUAUGUUAGUUCGUGCACCGUGGCUUAGUGAUGUGGACUCUACUCUUUAUGUACAGAAAGAAUAAAUUCCAGUGUCGUAUUUGUACGAUAUUGUGUUCUCUGUAGUGUGAAACGAUGUUACCUGUGCUGUGAACGUGAACUCCUGUACUUGUAUGACAGUAAGCAAGAGGUGUUUACUGUUUAGUCUCUGUUGUGCUGCAUUAAAAUACCCGGGGUUUGUAGAA